AAUCAUCAUAGUGUUUUUAUAUUUUGUUAUACAACAAAAAAAGCUAAUUUUGCAUUGUUUUGUUACUUCCCAAAAGUCUAUAUAAACACCCCAACCCUACGAUCCACAACCCACACCUUGCUCAAGCAAAACACACACACUCUAAAACAAACACACUACUACUAGAAGUAAUGGCAGUUGUGAAGAUGGCCUUGGUAGCACUCAUCAUGUGCUUCAUGGUGGCAAGUGCACCGUCUGCUGUGGACGGUGCGGUGACGUGCCAGAUGGUUGUGAGCAGCCUAACACCGUGUGCCUCCUACUUGACCAGAGGAGGUCCGGUGCCACCUUCAUGCUGCAGUGGGAUAAACUCACUGUACAAGGCUGCUGCAACCACCACGGACCGUCAGACCGCUUGUAGGUGCAUGGAACAAGCCGCCGGAAUGCUCCCCGGAAUCAGCCUUGAUGCUGCCAGUAGCCUCCCCGGGAAAUGCGGUGUCAACAUCCCCUACAAGAUCAGCCCUACUACUGACUCCUCAAAGGUGCAAUGAGGAUUUGAAUGUGGACAUGACUAAGGCAAGAUGUAGAAGCACUAGUAUAACGGAUAAUAAAGACGGAGAUCGAUGGAUCAUCGAUGAUCCUGUCGAUCUCUCAAGUUAGGUAGUUAUCGUGUACUCUAGGGUUAUCCAUGUAGUAGCUGUGGUACUUACUGUACGUGUGUUUUCCAUACGUGUUUGUUAUCGCGUGUUUGCUUUUAUCGUCUUCAAUGAAUCUCUGCAUUUUACAUCUAGUUUAA